UGUGAGUCAGAUAAAAUCAAUGCUCUGAUAUCUGACAUGGAUCUAAUAAGACUGGAGAAAGUACAAAAUAUGUGUAAUAAAUCAGUUUCUUCAGAUAUCUACAUUAGGGCAGAGAAAAAGUACAUCGAUCAGCAAAUCACCUUGGAUUUUAACGGGACAAACAAAACCUACGAGUACAAGAACUUUAAGAUGAUUGUAGUUAAGAUAGAUAUGAAUACCACGAAUGAGGACUAUAUAAGGAUCCCCGCUCCACAGCUGUCCGAUGAUGAUCCCCCCAUAGACGUACACUUUCCUGUUAAACCAUUUAGGAAUGUCUCAGAGAAGCUCAGAGUCGGUGUAGUGACAUAUCGCUCUGAUCAACAUUUUGUAAAUAACUUGUACCCUGUGUUGAAGUCCAGAGUCAUUCGAGUUGAGACUGUUGGACAUGAGACCAGAAACUUGUCCGAUAGACUUUUUAUAAAUUUCAAAGUGAACAGUACUGAAAUAAUGACUGGAAACUACAGCCUCUUAUGUCAGUUCUAUAAUCAAACAGUGAACAAGUGGGAUGUCAUGGGGUCUUUCACCAACCUGGAGAACUUUAACAGCAGCAACACUGUAAACUGUUCAUAUAAUCACAUGACCCCCUUCGCUGUAAUUCUGGUUUAUACUCGACAAAGAGAUCAUCAGAAUCACAACAACCUGCUCCGUGUUACUUACAUAGGUUGUGUACUUUUAUUGCUUCCUCACAGUUCAGUGUCUUUAAUGUUUGUUUCUCCUACAAUCUUAACCAGAUAAUUUUUUCCCUUUGUUUCUUCUUUUUGUGCAGCUAAUCAGA